GGUUUCGCUCCGCGCCGCUCCGGCCGGGGCUGGGCUGCGUCGCCGGCUUCUCUGCGCCCCGGGACCCCGCUAUGGGGACGUAGAGGGGCGCAGAGCCAUGCGCGGACUGGCGCUGCCCCGCAGCUCGCUGGGGACGGUUAUCCUAACAUUUGUCUGUGUGCUGAUGGAUGAAUCAGAGGGAAUUGCUCCAGUGCCAUAUAUGCUGCAACUCCGUCGGGUAACUUUGGAUGGAAGAUAUCCCUUUAACAUCUUGAGGAGAGAAAAGAGGCAAGUGCGGUGUCAGCUUGGACAAUACCUACAUCCCAAAGGGACCCACUGCUGCAUGAGGUGCCAUGCAGGUACCUACAAGUCAAAAGACUGUAAAUGGCCUGACCAGGCCCCUGUCUGUCUUCCCUGUCCUAAUGGCACGUUCACAGCUGUUGACAACAUCAUGAAAAAAUGCUUCCAGUGUACACGGUGCCGUGCAGAAUUGCAGCAGAUAGAAGAGACCCCAUGCACCCUAAAGCAGGAUACUGUGUGUGGCUGUCGGAAGAAUCAAUAUCAGUUUGGCCAGGCUGAUUUCUUCCAGUGCAAGAACUGCAGCCCAUGUGUUAAUGGAGUUAUUGCCAACUGUUCAAAGGACAGAGAUGCAAUUUGCAGGUGUAAGCCUAUGUUCUUCCUGACACUUAAUAACGUUUGCAAGCAUUGCAACAGCUGCAUUGGAGAAGAAUGCUUGCAGUGCAAUAGCCCAGUGACUACCUCUCCGAAUUCAUCUGAGCUGAAUGGGAACCUUAUUCUUGGCAUCAUUGUGGCGAUAAUUGUAGUUAUCUGUGUCCUCUACAUUGUAAAUAAAGCAGUGAAGCUGGUUCAGAAAAAUGGGAUAGCUUCUUCUUUCUACUCCUGUGUAUCUUUGCCACAGACAAGCAAGGAGCCUGUAUCUGAGGUGGAGGUAAAAGGAAGUGCAAUUGCUGUCCUUCCCGAGAUCCAGAAAGAAAAAGAAUUGCUAGUGAGUGCAACACCACCAUCUGUACCUCUGCUACAAAGUUCACAUGAGCUACCAGACUGCGUCAGACCUGCCAGGAAGAGGCAGCUUCCAGACAACCCUGCUAUUCUGUACACUGUGGUGGAUCAUGUACCACCAUCUCGGUGGAAAGAGUUUGUGAGGCGUCUGGGUCUGACUGACUAUGAUCUGGAGCGAAUUGAGAUGGAGCAUCGACGUUUACGAGAUGCCCAGUAUGAAAUGGUCAGACUCUGGAAACUGCAGAUGGGCCAUGCUGCUACUGUGGAGCACAUCAGCUGCGUUCUCAACCAAAUGGAGCUGAGUGGCUGCAGUGAAGCUAUUCAAGAGGCUUUGUUAAACCAGAACUCUCAUCAACCUUGCAGUUUCCACAGUGAUCUUUGAUCUUUCUCCUUGCUCUGACUUCUGAGAGAGGAUCAUAACUCCGUUUCUUGUCUUUCUUUUCCCAUUCCCUCCUAUCUUUCUAUCCCUCCUUAAAUGGGUUGUUGGAAGCAGCAGCAGCAUAUGCUGGACGUUUGCUCUGCAACCACCAUGUUAGUUCAACUCCUUUUAAGCCAAGAGACACCUCUGCAACAACUCCUUUCCCAAAGAGGGAAAGCACCUCGCAAAGGAAGUGAUACGUGUACUCUGAUCAAGAUGAAAACAGGAGCUCAGAGUGACGUGAUACCUCAGCUACUCUGCAGACAAGUUGUUGCUAAAGCAGGUGCUUCACUCACCACAUGACAGUCUAACUGGCUGUUCAAAUGCUGAACUGGCUGUUCAAAUGCUAAAAUAUUUACUCACUUUUUGCAGAUCUAUUUUUCUGCAAUAUCAGAUACUUAAACUGGCUCACAUUGCAGCCAUUUGAUUGCAAAAUCUGACUCAAGGGAAGUUGUGAGAGGACAUGCCUGCAACUGGCACAUUACUUCUGGGAGCAGGAGAGGAUUGCUCCCUUUUGGUAUCAGCUACAAAGUGCUGUACCUUCAGCCUUCUUACUAUGGCAGACAUUGCAGAGAUUUAGAAGGGGUGGCUCAGAGAAACAGGAGGGCAUUAUCCUUUUCACGCUCCCAUUUCCCUCUGGUUCAAGAGGAAUAAGGAUUCUGAGCCAGCGGGUCAGAUGAAGGGGUUGGUGCUUUUUCUAAAGUUUCUUUUGUGUGUAAAAACCAUGUGAAACAGCAUUAACAAAACGUGUGUAUGUUUGUUCUAGUGCCGAGUGGAAAAGAAUGCACGUGUCUGUGUGGGUGAGGAGGUACCUUUGUACCUGGCAGUGAGUGUCCCUGAAUACCUGUGCUUGCACACAGGUUGGUAGGCUUGUGUCUGCUUGCCUGUCUCUCCCUGAAUGAUUCACUGAAUCUGACCGAGCUGCAAAUGGGACUGUGUAUAUGUACAUAUAUAUGAGACAUUUUUUAGCAGCUGUUGGAUAACUUCACACUACUUUCUGGACUCCAUUAUGUAAGUGCUACUUGGGUAUAAGAGACGUCUAAUUCCAUCUACAAGCUCUCACCAUCAUUUUCUCAUGGCUGUUAUCCUGAGUGAAGCAGAAGUAGCAAAAAGCAAUUAGCCUGCAUCAGGUGCAGGUCCACAUAUUUGUGAAUGUGGAUUUUUAAAAAUCUAUUGUCCCUUGACUAAAGAGAACCUUUCUACUGUAAAUACACUAAGUGCUCCAAAUUAAAAUUCAUAUUUUUAA